AUGACCCCAGUACACUUCAGCUUCAGCUCUGCCUUCAUACUAGGACUUAUAGGAUUGACCUUCCAUCGAACCCACCUUCUCUCUGCCCUCCUCUGCCUAGAAGGAAUAAUAUUAUCCCUAUUUAUUGCCCUCUCCCUCUGGUCCCUCCAAUUAGAAUCAACCACCCAUGCCACCGCCCCCAUACUCCUACUUGCAUUUUCGGCAUGCGAAGCCGGAGCAGGCCUGGCCCUCCUCGUUGCCGCCACGCGAACGCACGGCACAGAUCACCUCCAAAACCUAAACCUACUACAAUGCUAA